UAUGACGAAUGGUAUGAGGGAUACGACACGGCCUACAACCAAUACCCGGUACCGAAGUCAAAAAACCUUCCACAAAUUCCAAUUCAGCAUUCAACUCGAAAACGGCAAUUGCCUACUCUGCCAAAACAAAUGUCCUCCUCUCCAAGAACCACGGAGUCUUCCAUCUCGUAUCAAAGAGAGCAUUCCAACACACCUUUUUUCAACGAUCGAUCCCUUGAGUAUGGCAAUUAUGAUGGAGAAUCCACUUCAAACUGCAACAACAAUGCACUAGUUGCUAACUUGCCAAUAAGGGAUGACAAUCCAACUGUUCCAAUCUCUGUGAACAAUGAACACGAGGAAGGAAUGGAAUGCGAAGCUUGGCAGAAUUAUGGCUAUCAUGAAGGCAACGAGUACGAUGAGACGUUGUACUAUCAGGAACAACUUGAUCCUAUCACUGCAGCCCAACCUGACACAAAUUUAACAGAUAACGGACAAGACGCACAUUUAUAUUAUGAUCAUAACCCAGCCUAUAAGGGAAUUCCACCUGAAAUCACAAUUGACCAGCCAAAUUAUACGGGGCAACAUGACCCCGACUACUAUGCAAGUUCAAGUCAGAUUGUUGAUCGUUAUAGCGAUGACCCAAUUGUACAAGAUGGAUAUGGGUCAUAUGAUCAGGAGUGGUAUGACGCAACUGAAGAAACGAGUUAUCCAUGGGAAGGAUCCGAUGUUCCUCAACCGUCUAAGGAGAUAACCCAUACCCCAGUACCACCCACCCCCACAAGUUCCGCUGCAAAUAAAUUUGCUUCCGAAAUGAAGUUCGCCCUACCCCACCUGUCCUCACUAACGAGCGGAUUCUCCAAACUUGGAAACUUUGUUUCAAACGCGGCAAACAAAUCUGGAUUGUCUGUUCCACCAGUGAAUCAAAAUACACAACCCAAUCAUGAAACUCAAUUUGUCCUUGAUGCCCAACCAGCACAGAAUCCUGUAACUGUAUUGUCAAGCCUAGUCGAAGUCGAGCCCUUUGUGGAAGAAGAGUGGGAUAAUUGGGAUGGAAAGUACGAGGAUGACGUUGAACACUACACAACUCAAAGUUAUGAUAACCAUGAAGUAGACGGAGAAGACUACAACAAGCCUGUUCCCAUUCAUCUGGACUCGAUAGAGUCAAAUGUGUCGGAAGGGGCGUACGAGAGACAAUCAUCGUUGGACUCUCCAGUUGAAGUUGCAUACCCUCCAAAUCAAGGGAAGGAUAGGGAGGUUGGGAAAUCCUGGUUAGAACUAGAAAGUGGAGGAGGCAUGACAACUAUGUCGUUUGAAGAGAAAGUACCAAAGAAUAGCAGAGUAAGAAAAACAAAAGGGAUGACGGCCAGAGAAAAGUGGAUCUGGGCCACCAAGCGGGUCCGCGCCCAAUUAACGACAAUAACAGCAGCAAGGCGAGGAACAGGUGGUCUGACAACUUCAGUUGCUCGAGCUCCACCCACAGCUGAAGAACUGGAGUUGAGUAUGCACGUGUACAGAAAGACGCUGCAAGCCCUAAUUUACCCAAUUUCUUGCAUUACACCGCACAAUUUUGUGCCUUGGUCGGCCACUUCGCCAACUUAUUGUUGCGAAUGUGAAGGUCUUAUCUGGGGAAUCGGACGUCAGGGAGUCCGCUGUGCUGAGUGCGGUGUAAAAUGCCACGAAAAAUGCAAGGAUUUGCUGAAUGCAGACUGCCUCCAAACCGGUUUUACAAGAGCGGCCGAGAAGAUGUGUAGACAUGGUUCCGGAGGGGACAAGGCAAACAGUAUUAUAACCGCCAUGAAGGAAAUCAUGAAGCAGAGAGAAAGUCAGAAGCCGGAAAUAUUUGAGCUCAUCAGAACAACAUUUACCGUGGACGCUACCAUUCAUGUCGACAAUAUUGCACAAGCAGAGGUCUCCGUCCUUCAAGGAACUUCCAAGUGGUCGUGCAAGAUAUGUAUCACGGUAAUUUGUGCGAAAGGGUUAAUGGCCAAGGAUAAGAGUGGGACGUCCGACCCUUACGUGACCAUGCAGGUUGGAAAAGUGAAGAAAAGAACGAAAACUCUGCCGCAAGAACUUAAUCCUGUGUGGGAUGAGAAGUUUUACUUUGAAUGCAACAAUUCAUCGGAUCGUAUCAAAGUGCGAGUUUGGGAUGAGGAUAACGACUUCAAGUCCAAGCUGAAACAAAAGCUGACGCGAGAAAGUGAUGAUUUCUUGGGCCAAACGAUAAUUGAGGUCCGCACUCUGUCAGGCGAGAUGGACGUUUGGUACAACUUGGAGAAACGAACAGAUAAGUCUGCCGUCUCUGGAGCGAUCCGCCUCCACAUCAGUGUCGAAAUCAAGGGCGAAGAAAAGAAGGUUGCCCCAUAUCACGAGCAAUACACGUGCCUUCACGAAAACCUAUUUCGCCAUUUGUCCCACGUCUCCCCGAGAGGAAUGAUACCGCUGCCAACGUCCGGAAAGGGGGAUGAUGCCUGGAAAGUAUAUUUUGAAAACCCUGGUCAGGAAAUUGUGGACGAAUUUGCAAUCCGAUACGGGAUAGAGCCAAUCUAUCAAGCCAUGACGCAUUUUCACUCCUUGUCCACAAACUACUUGUGCACCUCCGUGCCUCCCGUUAUGAACACGCUGCUGGCAAAUAUUAACGCUUACUAUGCCCACACGACUGCAACGUCUGUAUCGGCGGCGGAUCGUUUCGCGGCUUCAAAUUUUGGGAAAGAGAAAUUCAUCAAACUUCUCAACCAAUUGCACAAUUCGAUCCGACUAGAUUUGUCCAUGUAUAGGAAGAACUUUCCAGCCUCCAGCAACGAGAAACUUAUAGAUUUAAGAUCAACAGUGGAAUUAUUGACGAGUAUAACCUUCUUCCGCAUGAAGGUUCAAGAGCUCUCAAGUCCUCCACGGGUCAGUAUGGUGGUCAAAGAUUGUGUCAAGGCUAGUUUACGAUCCACGUAUCAAUUUUUGUACGAGAAUUGCAACCAGCUCAGCUCCACGGAGUCUUUGAGUUAUGCUGACACGUCCGGGAUAAGAGGGGGUGACGAUGACAACAAUGGACCAAGACUGGAUAGUGUCGAUUUCUGGUUGAAAUUCAUUGCGUUGGUUGUCUCUGUUGUGGAAAAGGAUAAACUCUGCUAUGCAGAGGCGCUCAACCAAUUUCCGCAUGACCUUGACAUUGCGCAGAUUUCGGCUGCAACAAUGUGGUGCUUGUUUGCAUUGGACAUCAAAUACGCCCUUCAAGAACACGAGCAGCACCAUCUCUGCAAAUCUGCGUCCUACAUGACUCUACACUUUAAAGUUAAAUGGUUCUACAACAAUUAUGUAAAAAACGUGCCACCCUACCAGGGUUCCGUGCCCGAAUACUCGGCAUGGUUUGAGCCUUUCGUCAUGCAGUGGUUAAACGAAAACGAUACUAUUUCACUAGAAUACGUGCACGGUGCCUUUAGUCGCGACAAGAAAGAUGGGUUUCAAAAAAGCAGUGAACACGCCCUAUUUUCUGUCUCGGUGGUGGACGUCUUCACCCAGUUGACACAGUGCUUUGAUGUCAUCUCUAAGUUGGAGUGUCCAGAUCCCGACAUUUGGAACAAAUACUUGACCCGGUUUGGGAAAACUAUUGCCAAAGUGUUACUCACAUAUUCGGACAUUGUUAAGAGGGAGUUCCCCCAACAUACACUGGACGCAAGAGUGGCCUGCAUCCUCAUGAACAACAUUCAGCAGGUUCGCGUCCAACUGGAGAAAUUGUUUGAGUCGAUGGGUGGUAUUAAGUUGAACGAGGAGGCUGCCAAUAUCCUGACCACCUUGCAGUUACAGCUGAACAGUUGUUUGGACGAGUUGGCGUUGAUAUUUACAGAAGGUCUUGAAAACCGCAUUACUGAUAGCGUGAAACAAUUGGUGUGUCUACUGUAUGCUGUGAAAGGCCAAGGGCAAACUACUACCCGAAAUCAGGUUGCCGUGGAGGCGGACCAAGUUCUUCGCCCACUCAUGGAUCUACUUGACGGGUCUUUAUCACUGUAUGCUCAAUAUUGCGAAAAGUCGGUGCUUAAACGGUUGCUGAAGGAACUUUGGAGGAUCGUUAUAAAAACUAUGGAGAAGCAAGUUGUCCUGGCGCCUUGUGCCGAUAAAAAUACUUUACUAAAGAAUCUGACAAGCAAUGCUAAGAAAAUUAUGGAAAUGCCAAACGUAGAAACGAUGGGGAAAUUCUUUCAAAAACCAAAACAGGAUGUCCACCCGGGUGUUACUGAUAGCGACACUCUUUUGUCCCCAAGACAAACCGCGGUGUUUGAGGUGGUUUUGGACACCAUUAAGGACUGUUUCCACGCUUUUGGUGCUGGGCUAAAAAUGUCAUCUUUUGAGAAAUCAGAUGAACUCAGGUCACUUCGGAGUUCUGUGUCGUUGAACAAAUAAGAGAUGAAAUGCUUUCAUUUUACACGUAUUGCUACCAGAUAUUAUUUUCUAAAACAACCAUUUACGUACCUAGUACGUGAAAUGUACGUCCUCUGUUCGGUUUAACGAACUGAGGACGUACUAGGUAUGUCAGUGGUUGUUUGGGUUGUGUUCUCUUCUAAAGUUUGAGCAUGACUAAUAAAAAUAGUUUAAACAGCG